GUCUCAUGUUCAAGAUCAACGUCAAACAAAUCGUGUUCAAGCGAGGGUUAGCUGGGUCUGCGGCAGCAAGAGUCCCACUGGCCUAUGAAUUGCAUAGCUCCCCCAAAGGCGCAGAGGUACCAAAAGGGAGAAAGGGAGCCCCUAUCCUAUUUCUCCAUGGGUUUCUUGGAUCAAAAAGAGAAAACAGACCCGAUCUACGAAACCAUGGAGAUUCAGGCCAUCACCCCAGCCAUAACUAUGUCGACAUGGCGCUGGACGUUGAGUCAUUUAUCCAAAACCAUGGACUUGAACGUCCGGCGGUGAUUGGCCACUCAAUGGGUGCAAAAACAGCCAUGACGCUUGCUCUCCGUUAUCCAAACCUCGUAUCGAAAGUCGUUGCUAUCGACAAUGGCCCAAUACAUUUGCCGUUGAAGUCAUACUUUCCGAAGUAUCUUCAAGGAAUGGCGAAAGCCGAGGCCGCCAAAGUAAAGUCUCAUCUAGAAGCAGAUGCGAUUCUCCGUGAAUACGAAACGUCGCCAUCGGUACGACUAUGGCUCCUAAGCAAUUUUAUCAAAAGCAAGGAUCAGCCUCACUUGCAUUUACGCAUUCCUCUAGAUAUCCUAGAGAAGGCGAUGGGGCCACUGGGUGAUUUCCCGGACAAGGACGCGUUUUUGAAGUUCAACUCUCCUAUACUGUUUCUCCGUGGCCUUCAGAGUCACUAUAUACCUGACACUGCUUUCCCGCUCAUCUCGUCCCUUUUCCCCCAGUCGAAGAUUGUCGAUAUCGAUUGCGGGCAUUGGAUUGUUCAAGAUCGUCCUGAAGAAUUUAGGAAAGCUGUUGUUGAUUUCCUAUGGGAUGAAGAAUAG